AUGGAUAAAGACGAUGUGCCUAAACUUCGUGAAGAAAAACGGCUUGAGGAGUUGUAUGAUGAUCUCAAGCCUAAUACAUUAAUACCUAUGGUGUACUCCUCGGAAUCCUCUAGUUUAGUUAAUAGCAUUGAAUUAAAUGUGAAUAAUUCAGUCGAUACAAGAAUAAAACAAAUAAUAUUCAAGGGGAAGACUACUUUAGAACAAAUUAAAGUUAAUCCUAAUAGAACAAGAUAUAGAAAAAAUCGUAUUUCAUUAGAAAGCUUAACAAGCCCGUUUCCAAUAGAAAAGCAUAAUCAUGCACAAUGUACCUCUAGUCAUAAUGUUUCAAAUACAAAGGAUUACUCGGAUAAUUUUUCACACUCGUUUGACGAAAAUAAAACACCAUAUAGUACUAAAUACGAUCCAAUAAAUAUAAAACAACCUGAAGUAAAUAUUAGAAAUGCCUUGGCACAUUUGUCUCCGAAUUUAGCUUCAUUUCAGACUGAAUAUGAUAUGGAUGAGCAUGAUUUUUUGUAUAUGCAAUAUUUGAAUGAGAAAUAUGCAGAUGGAAAGUUCACUGAAGAAUUAUUUGAAUUGUUAAUUACAGUUUUGGAAAUAGAAUGGUUUAAUUUGGAAAAAAUGAUUCCACCAAGAAAUUAUUCUGCAUAUGAUUCAUCGAUAAAUAAUAAUAAUAAUGUUCAAUAUCAUAUGUCUCAAUCAUACCGAAACCAUUAUGACUUGUACGGUUCAGAUGAUGGUAUUUAUCCCAAUUCUGAACAAACAUGCGCCAUAUGUGAUGGUGCUUAUAGUGAUAAUAAUAAUGCUAUUGUGUUUUGUGAUGGUUGCGAUAUUGCGGUCCAUCAAGAAUGCUAUGGUAUUGUAUUUAUUCCAGAAGGUCAAUGGCUAUGUAGAAAAUGUUUGUUCUCCAAAAAUAUGAAAGUUAAUUGUUUACUAUGCCCUAGUCAUACAGGUGCAUUUAAACAAACAGAUGUUGGUAAAUGGGCCCAUGUCUUGUGUUCCUUAUGGAUACCAGAGUUGUAUUUUGCUAAUGUUAAUUAUAUGGAGCCAAUUGAAGGUUUAGAAUAUAUUGCUAAAUCUCGCUGGAAAUUGGUAUGUUAUAUUUGUGAACAGCGAGUAGGAGCCUGUAUUCAAUGUUCCAAUAAAAACUGUUUUCGAUCAUAUCAUGUAACAUGUGCUAAAAGAGCGGGUCUCUAUCUCAAAUUUAAUGGUGUUAGUAUACCAGAUAUGGCAAUUAAUCAGUAUUCGCACGGUCAUGUGCCAAAAACCUUUUGUGAUAAGCAUUCACCAAAUGGUCCUAGCUCUAAUGCUUCACUUGGAAUAAUGAAAGUAAGGAGAUAUUUGAAAUAUUUGAAAGAAAAGGAACUAAGGUCUUCAGAAGAAGAAGAUUUGGAUAUUUUACAGAAUGAGGAUGAAAAUUACAGAAAGACUACAAACACUGGCAUAUCUUUAUCGAAUAUCAAUUAUCAAACAGAUUAUGAUAAUAUACGGCAAGGUAUAAUUUCACCAAAUGACAGUUCAGAGAUAGAUCAAUGGAAAACCCAUAAUGGUACACCGAUAGCGCCUAAUUACUUUGCAACGCUUUUACAAAAAAUUUGUGCCAUGUAUUCAUUACCAAAAGCUCAAAAUAUAUCAGUUGAAAUGUGUAAAUAUUGGUCAAUGAAGAGGGAAUUUCGAAAAGGUGCUCCAUUGGUUCGUAAAUAUGAUUUUUCCACUUAUAAUACUUUGACUAUUGAAGAAAUUAAAGACCGAAUAAACUUUUCUGAUUCUCUUUUAGAUGAUUUAAUGAAAUUAAAAAACAUAAUUAAUUUAAUUGGACAACGAACUAAAAUAGAAGAUUCUAUUCAUGAUAAUAAUGAUAAUAUAACGGCAAUAAUUGAAAGACCAACGAAAUGGUUAAUGCGAAAAAACGUAUUGGACAAAUGGACUUCAUCUGCAUGCUUUAAAAAUAUUAUAAAGGAAAUUAAUAGUAAAGCAAACUAUUCAAUUGAACUUAACAAUAUUUUUGAGCAAUUAAUCUCUAAAGAAUUUGAAAGUAUUGAAGAUGUUAAACAGAUUGUUUAUGAAUUUUUCGAAAUUCUAAAUAAAUUAAUCCUCAAUUUAAAUACAAUUCCACGUUCAUUAAUUAAUAAUAUUAAUAAAUCAAAAGUAUUAUUUAAUGAAUUAUUCAUUGGACUUGAAAAUAACAACUGUAAAAAAUUUCUUAAUCAAGAUUUUGAAAUCGAUAAGGAGAAUUAUGCUAACAUUAAAGAACGUCCUUGGAAUGGUAAAAUUGUAUUAAAAGAUGAAGGGUUAAGUGACGUUGAAGAACUUGGAUCAAAAGAGAUGAGGUUCCUAGGGUAUUUAAUGAGUAAAACUUCCUCUUCAAGGAAAUAA